UCAACAACGAUCGAGAAACGCAGGAAUCGUGAUUACUACUCAGUGUCAGUAGUCAGUUAGCUCGCAGACGAAGUGGAUUCACAUCGAAAUGUCGGUCGAUCAGCAAUUUGAGGCGGCUGCCGAAGCUAUAAAGACACUCACAAAACGUCCUAGUGAUGAGGAGCUUUUGGAACUUUAUGCUUUGUUCAAACAAGCUAUAGUUGGGGACAAUAACACAUCUAAACCUGGCAUGCUAGAUCUGAAAGGAAAAGCAAAAUGGGAGGCUUGGAAUAAGAAAAAGGGUACUGUGCAAGAGGCGGCAAAGCAAGCUUACAUUGAUUAUGCCAACAAACUUAUUGAAAAAUACACAUAGCUUUAUCUACUAUUGCCAAUAUAAGUUUGCAUUCUCAUUGCAUUCUUAUCAUAAGCUAAACAAAAGAAAAAAAUAUAUUUUCAUGUUUUUUGUACUUAAGUAUGCUUAAGUAUAAAAUUAUAAUUUUAUAAUUCACUGGAAAAUUAAACGUUUUACAACUUCAUUUCAA